AUGGCGACCGAUAAGCCCGAAACUGGGGUGCACGCCUCAGAGCCCUCAAGCGCAAGUUCGCUGAAUAAGGAGAAUAUGUCACCCGAAACGGAACAGCUAGAGGUUAUCAGGACUGUAUCGAAAGUGCCAGGCAAUCCUAAUUACCACGAGAAGGAUGGAUUGAGAACCUAUGGCGAUGAUGAAGAUCACGACCAAGAGCCCCCUAUGACUAUGAAUCGGUUUAUGUCAUUGCUUGCAAUGGCAUUCUUAUGGACCGGCUCUCAAAUUCCGGUGUAUCUAUUUGGUGCCGUUCCACCUCUUAUAUACACUGACAUUGGAGGCGUUGACAAGUGGAUCUGGUUUGUUUUGGCGAAUUUGUUAGCUCUUGCAGCUAUCUGCCCGUUCGUUGGGGCCUUGUCUGAUCUCCUCGGUCGACGAUAUGUUGCUUUGGCUGGGGCUUCAUUUAUCGUCAUUGGGAUGAUUGUCUGUGCAACUGCGCAAACAAUGGAGGUCUUCAUUGGUGGGAUGGCACUAGCUGGUGUGGGAGCUGGUAUAAACGAAUUGACUGCCCUUGCAGUUACGUCCGAACUUGCCCCAACAUCAAAGCGAGGAAAAUACGUUGCUGUUCUCAUAUUCACGAACCUGCCAUUCUGCCCAUCCGUUUUAUGGGGCCAGUUGAUCGCAUCACAUGGCAGCUGGCGAUACAUUGGCCUUUUCUGUGCAGUCUGGGCCUUUAUUGGACUCGUCAUGACCGCCGUCUUCUACUUCCCACCACCCCGUGUCAACUCGAGCGGCCUCAGCCGAAAAGAAGUCAUUGCGCAAAUUGAUUUCGUUGGUGGAUUACUUUCUAUCUCUGGUUUGAUCCUCUUCAUCGCCGGCCUUCUAUGGGGUGGCUACCAAUACCCUUGGAGUGACCCUCAUGUCCUGGCCACCCUCAUCCUAGGUUCCGUUCUUCUCAUCGCAUGUGGAUUCUGGGAGGCCUACGGAGCGAAGUAUCCCAUGUUCCCUGCCCGCCUCAAGAAGGAUCCGCGCAUUCUGGCCCUCACGCUGGUCAUUACUUUUAUCUCGGGAGCUAAUUUCUUCUCCGUGUUGCUCUUCUGGCCCACACAAUCCUUCAACGUCUACGGUCAUGACCCUGUCCAGAAUGGCAUCCGUGGACUUCCCAUCGGCUUCGCCAUCCUAGUAGGCGCCUGCCUCGUCCUCUGGCUCCUCUCCGUCUUCCGUGGCCAUAAUCGAAUGCUCAUGAUUGUCUCGUCCUGCCUGAUGACCGCCGGCUGCGGUGCUCUUGCCACCGCCCGCGUGGAUAAUCUCAACGCCGUCUACGGCAUCCUCACCGUCGCCGGCCUCGGCAUCGGCGGUAUCGUUGUCCCAGCCUCAAUCAUUACAACCAUUAUCUGCCCCGACGACCUCAUCGCUACCAUUGCCGCUCUUACGCUCGCUAUUCGUGUCGUCGGUGGGGCCAUUGGCUAUACCACCUAUUACAAUGUAUUCAUUCACAGGGUAGAGCACGAGCUGGGAGUUAAAAUCACAGCAGCUUGCGUUAAAAACGCAAUCAUAGACCCCAAGAUAAUUGGGAUGGCCGCUAAGUUGACCGGCGCAUCACUUACUGAGAAAAUCAUAGCUCUACCGGGCGUGAGUGGCAAUGUGACGAUUUACAAUGACAUUAUACUAGCGGGUCAGGAAGCAUUCGCGAUUGCUUACUCCAGAGUCUAUCUCGUCAGUAUUGCGUUUGGGGUGAUCAGCAUUAUUGCGAGUAUUUUCUUGGGGGAUAUUUCCAAGUAUAUGGACGAUCAUGUGGCGGUUGUUAUUCAUUAA